AUGGCUUCCAAAGUAAUCAUUGUGACCGGCGCCAGCCGGGGCAUCGGCCUGGCCAUCACCAAGCACCUCCUCAAGGACUCCCACAAGGUCGUCCUGGCGGCGAGGUCCAAGGACCAGCUGGAGGCUCUGAAGACGGCCCAUCCCGGGCAGGCCAUCCCCCGGAUUGCUGAGGCGGCGGUCAAGGCCUUUGGCAAGAUUGACGGCAUCGUUAUCAACCACGGCGUUCUGGAACCCGUCACCCGCCUGGCAGACUCGUCCGUCGAGGAAUGGAAAAAGGCAUACGACAUCAACGUAUUCAGCGGGCUCGCAUUGGUGCAAGCAUCGCUGCUCGAGCUGCGCAAGGCCAGGGGCUGUGUCCUCUGGGUCUCCUCAGGCGCGGCCACCGGCGCAUACGCCGCCUGGGGAGCCUACGGCACCUCCAAGGCCGCCAUGAACCACCUCUCGGCGCACUUGGCCGUCGAGGAGCCCGACAUCACCAGCAUCGCCAUCGGCCCCGGCCGCGUCGACACGGACAUGCAGAAGCUCAUCCGCGAAACGGGCAGCGGCCAUAUGGCCGACGACGACCACGCCUCCUUCGUGUCGGCAUUCGACAAGGGUGAGCUGUUCAAACCCGAACAGCCUGGCAACGUCAUGGCGCGAUUCGUCGUCAAGCCACAGCAUGAUCUGUCUGGCAAGUACCUCAAAUGGCAAGCCGGCGAGCUUUCAGCAUACCAAGAUGCGUAG